AUGGCAGGCCAACAGCAGCAAAUCCUCGAUACCAUCUUCAACAUGAAAAGGAAGAUGUUGCGCAAAGAUGAUUCGGACACAGAAGAUUCCGAAACCGCCCUCGGCAGCAAUAAGCAGGACUUACGGCGCAAAGUCCACUACGCGCGCGCAAGCGAUCCCGACUUUCUCGCAGACCCGCGUCCUUACAAGAAGCGCAUCGAGCACGCCGGUUAUCACAGAUAUAUUUUGCAGCGCAACCCUCCGCGAUACGAUGCCGAUGGUGACGUUGUCGAAGUUGAUGACGAAUAUGAAGACGAGGAUGAUGUGGAGCCAGUAGAAGAGAACCCGUACGGAAAUAUACAUCUGGAGAACCUUCUUGCACCAUUGACCUCCGCCGCCGACCUACCAAACCAUCCCGCCUUGAGCGUUGCAUAUACCUCCAGACAUCUCUCCGAUCUUGCCAACGAGGCCGGAGCUCUUUCGCGAAAAGAGCAGAUCACCAAUGCGCGAGCCAAGAACCUGUUUGUGAAACUACAAGGGGAUUCUAUGUUCGCGCCUGCUGCCCUGGCAGCAAUGAGCGAUACAUCAUUUCGAAUGUCACGCUCAAGAAUCCCAAGUCGGCGUUUUGAGGAGGGCGAAGACCAGCGCACACAUGACACUGAAAUGCAGGAGGUGGUCGAUGGUGCACAAGACGUGAAUAUGGAGGACGCCGUACAGCCCAAUGGGACUGACCGAGUAGACAAUACUAAUGGAAACGCUGGACCCGAAGCAGUCAACGGUGCCGAACCCGUGACAAAUGGGACACAUACCGGUGAUGCAGAUGAACCACAAAAGAAUGGCCAGGAAGAGCAUUCUCCGAUGGGCGAAGAUGUGUCCGACACAGCAUCGCAGCAGACGCAUAGGAUGACGACACGCACGCGAGCUCGAGCGCACGCAGCUUCGACCCCUUCUCCUCCUCACUCACCAUCAAGCGAUGUCAACGCAAUACACCCCCUUUUCAUACACCCUACCGAGUCGUUGCCAGACCGCGACUUUGGUCUUCCGCCAAACGAGGCAGAGGAAACGCGCAUGCUUCUUAUGGCAUACGUUCAAAAGCAAGAAGAAGUCGCGCGGAUCACGGCUGACCUCUACCACGGCUUGCUGGAAGCUGACCGUCUGAGGCACGACGUUUUCAAGUGGUCGAAAGCAGAAGGCCAUGUAGGAGAGAUGAGUGAUGGCGAGGAUUGGUAUGAUAACGAGGAAUGGGGCCUCGAACAGGAUCUGGCCAAGGGUCGUGAUGAAGAGGAGGAUGAAACCGCAGUAGCUGGGAAGAAGAGCACAAGACAACGGCGAAAGCCUGACAAGGACGAUAGUCACAUCUUUUGCACCAAUUGUGCAGAUGCUACCAGUCUUUCAAGAUCGACAAAUGCGCAACGAGUCUGUCCAGCAUGUAGCGCGCCGCUUCCUAACCCAGAUGAUGUAGUCAUUGCAGGUCUCAAUCCAUCAGAAGACUACAAGACUUCAGUAUUGAGUGGCCUUAGCCCGACAAUCAUCAUGGAGUGUGCAAGCCGUGGCUUGGCCUUUCAUAGUUACCAGACAUCACAAGAGAUCAUCUACCAAGAGCACCUCGCAAAGGGCCUCACUGAAAAAUAUAACACAUUGAGCCAGCAGAUGGAUCAGCUCAUCCACGAUGCCAAUGCGCAGAUCAAAGCGCUUCAGGACAAGAUGCAAGCUAUGCAAGCAGACCUCGUAGAGCUCGAGACCAAGAACCAUGGAUUUGCGGAAGCCUUCAAAGAAAAGACCAAGGCACACCAGAGAACACAGAAUCUCUACCAGGCACUCAAAGCCCAAGUUAUGGCUUCGCAUGUAGCCCAUGCUGCCGGUGAUGAGGCAGAGUUCGCGCUGAAAUCAGCCCGGGGAGAUCGCUUCAUCGACCGCUUGCCGGGCGCCCGGUCUGGUACUGCGAACUUCAGCCAGACAGGCCCACCACAACAGACAGGCGACAGACUGCAUAAGAGGGUCAUCAGUAGAAGCUCUGGUAGUAGUGGGCGACAGCAGCAAGGCAGCAUUCACGUUGGUCCUCCUUUCAAUUCACAACUGCAUGGACGCGGUCUCGGUAGCAGAGUUCACAGUGGUCAAUAUGUCUCAGUUGAUACACCUUCUCAACCUCGGAGAAGUCGCCUUCCGGUCCUCGGUGGAACACGUCAGAACCCAUACCUAAAUCAAGAACCAACAUCUUCCUUUCAAAACUCACCAAUGAUCCGACAACCAAUGGCUGGUGGUUUUUCGCACAGUCGCAAGCCAUCAAGGAGGACUGGUAAUUUCGCCAACACUGGCCCGCUGGGACCAUGA